CGAAACACGUGGCUAUAAAAUUCUUCCAACAAAUCUCAUCAUCUUCACGUUUUCCGAGGCCUUACAGUCUCACUUCCGGGUUUUAUUCAUCACUUCACUCCUCUUUUCACUUUUCUCUCUGAAACAAAAUGAGCUCCCAAAUCUGCAGAUCUGCUUCAAAAGCAGCGAGGUCUCUUCUUUCUUCUGCUAAGAAUGCUCGUUUCUUCUCCGAAGGACGAGCCAUUGGUGCAGCAGCUGCUGUUUCUGCAUCUGGAAAGAUCCCUCUGUAUGCAUCUAACUUUGGAAGAUCAUCAGGUUCUGGUACCGCUUCAAAGAGCUGGAUCACCGGACUCUUAGCUCUUCCUGCUGCAGCACUCAUGCUUCAAGAUCAGGAAGUUCUUGCUGCUGAGAUGGAACGCACUUUCAUUGCUAUCAAGCCUGAUGGAGUGCAACGAGGACUGAUAUCAGAAAUCGUUUCUCGAUUCGAACGCAAGGGCUUCAAGCUUGUUGGUAUCAAAGUCGUUGUUCCUUCCAAAGAUUUCGCACAGAAGCAUUACCAUGAUCUCAAGGAGAGACCUUUCUUCAAUGGCUUGUGUGACUUCCUUAGCUCUGGUCCUGUUAUCGCGAUGGUAUGGGAAGGAGAAGGAGUGAUCAGAUACGGACGUAAACUGAUCGGAGCCACCGAUCCUCAAAAAUCUGAGCCUGGAACAAUCCGAGGAGAUCUUGCGGUGGUUGUUGGGAGGAACAUAAUCCAUGGAAGUGAUGGACCAGAGACUGCAAAAGAUGAGAUCAAUCUGUGGUUUAAGCCUCAAGAACUUGUUUCUUACACCAACAACGCUGAGAAGUGGAUCUAUGGUGACAACUAAUUCUCUCACACACACUCUCUCUCUCUCUCACUCGUCUUUGGUUUCUUUACUUUACCCAAACAAUAAAAUCAAGAAACAGUUAAUUACGGAUACAAAACACAUCCUGGGUUUUGAUUUUCCCGGCGAACUCGGUAAUUAGAGCUGAAGAAAUAAGUAUGGGAUGAUUGAGUUUUGAAAUUCUUGUUUGUACUGUCGUCUUGUUGAACCGUAAUACUAAAUACAAGUGUUGAGAAUUCGACUUUUUAAGUAGAAACAACACAUUUUAUCUAUUAUUUUAUUUUUAAGAUUUCAGCUCUUGGUAACUGUUUGGGCGUAAAAAUUGUGGUAUUUUUAACAAUAAACCAACAUUUUAUUUUAUCGGUAACUCUUUGUAGUAUGAUUGAGAGACAAAUUUGUAUUAGGUAAAUAGAUAUUAC